GUAAAAAUGUCUGCAAAUCAGUCAGCCAUGGCUGUGAGCACAUUUGUGUUAAUGCUGACAGUUCCUACAUCUGCAAGUGUCGCGAGGGAUUUGUAUUGAGAGAAGACGGCAAGACGUGCAGAAAUAAAGACAUUUGCAGCUCAGUUGACCAUGGCUGUGAACAUGUUUGUGUUAAUACUGAUGAGUCAUACAUCUGCCAGUGUUAUGAGGGGUUUGCAUUAAGAGAAGAUGAAAAAACAUGUAGAAAUAAAGAUGUUUGCAAUUCUGUUGACCACGGCUGUGAGCAUGUUUGUGUCAAUACUGAUAGUUCAUACAUUUGCCAGUGCUAUGAGGGUUUUGUGUUGAGGGAAGACAAGAAAACGUGUAAAAAUAAGGACAUCUGCAAAUCAGUCAGUCAUGGCUGUGAACAUCUUUGUGUUAGUAAUGAUGAUUCAUACACUUGCCAGUGCCAGGAUGGAUUUGUACUAAGGCAAGAUGGGAAAACAUGCCGAAAUAAAGAUCUUUGCAAAUCAGUCAACCACGGCUGUGAACAUGUUUGUAUUAAUACUGAUGAUUCGUAUAUCUGCAAAUGCCAUGAUGGGUUCCUACUGAGAGAAGAUGGGAAAACCUGCAGAAACAAGGAUGUUUGCAAUUCAGUCAACCACGGAUGUGAACAAAUUUGUGUGAAUACUGAAGAUUCCUACACCUGCGAGUGUCAUGAAAAAUUCAUACUGAAAGAAGAUGGAAAGACAUGUAGAUAUAAAGAUGUUUGCAACUCAGUUGACCAUGGCUGUGAACAAAUUUGUGUUAAUACUGAUGAUUCCUUUGUCUGCAAGUGUCAUGAGGAUUUCAUACUGAGGGAAGAUGGAAAAACUUGCAGGAGUAAAAAUAUCUGCAAAACAGUCAACCAUGGUUGUGAACAUGUCUGUGUUCCAACUAGCGAUUCAUAUACAUGUCAGUGUCACGAGGGAUUUAUACUGAGGCGAGACAGGAAAACAUGCAGGGAUAAAGACCUGUGUAAAUCCAUUGACCAUGGCUGCGAACAUGUGUGCAUUAACAAUAACAGUUCAUACAGCUGUCAGUGCCGUGAGGGUUUUGUCCUGCGACAAGAUGGGAAAACAUGUCGAAGUAAAGAUGUCUGCAAGUCAGUUGCCCAUGGAUGUGAACAUAUUUGUGUCAAUAAUGAUGAUUCAUACAUCUGUAAAUGCCAGGAGGGAUAUGUAUUGAAAGAGGAUCAGAAAACAUGCAGAAGAUGCACUGAAGGCCCACUUGACCUGGUGUUUGUGAUUGAUGGAUCAAAAAGUCUCGGAGAGGAUAAUUUUGAAAUUGUAAAACAAUUUGUCUCAGGAAUCUUGGAUACACUUGAGAUUUCCCCCAAAGCUGCUCGAGUUGGUUUGCUUCAGUAUUCCACUGAGGUUCGCACAGAGUUUACGUUAAAGCAGUUCAGCUCAGCCAAAGACAUGAAGAAAGCUGUAUCACAAAUGAAAUACAUGGGGCGAGGUUCCAUGACAGGACUGGCUCUGAAGCAAAUGUUUGAGAGAAGCUUCACAGAAACGGAAGGAGCAAGACCAUUUUCAGCAAAUGUCCCUCGAAUCUCCAUUGUGUUUACGGACGGACGAGCCCAGGAUGAAGUCUCUGAGUGGGCUGCUAGAGCAAAGCGACACGGUAUAAUUAUCUAUGCCGUUGGAAUAGGGAAAGCAAUUGAGGAAGAACUGCUGGAAAUUGCUUCUGAGCCGUCAUACAAACAUCUCUUUUAUGCUGAGGAUUUUACAGCUAUGGAGGACAUCAGUGAAGAGCUUAGAGCCCAAAUCUGUGAAG